AUGAAUUUAACAGCUGAAGAACAAAGAUUGCAGAACCCAGACUUCAAGAAAUGGGGGUGUUAUGUUGCUGAGAGACAAUGGUCAACUGUGCGUGAAGAUUAUUCUCAAAGUGGUGAUGCUUGGUCUGAUUUCCCCUUUGAACACAGUCAAUCUCGUACUUAUAGAUGGGGAGAAGAUGGAUUAGCUGGUGUGUCUGAUACUUAUCAAUUGAUUAACUUAACUAUGGCUUUAUGGAAUGGUAAAGAUCCUAUCUUGAAAGAAAAGUUAUUUGGUGUCACCAAUAGUCAAGGAAAUCAUGGAGAAGAUGUUAAGGAGAUGUAUUACUACUUGGAUAAUACUCCUACUCAUAGUUAUAUGAAAUAUCUUUAUAAAUAUCCACAGAAUGAGUUUCCUUAUAAGCAAUUGGUUGAAGAGAACGGUAAAAGAUCCAGAUUGGAAAAAGAAUAUGAAAUUACCGAUACUGGACUUUUCGAUAACAAUGAAUACUUUGAUAUUGUAUUUGAAAGUGCUAAAGAAGAUGAUCCUGAAGAGAUCUUAUUCCGUAUAACUGCUUAUAAUCGUUCUGAUAAACCAGCACCUUUACAUAUUUUACCUCAUAUUACCUUAAGAAACUUCUGGUCAUGGGGCACUUAUAACAAGCCUAAACCAUCAAUGAAGAAAAUUGAUGAUAAUGCCAUUGAGAUAGAUCAUCAUCAUUUUGGUAAACGUUAUGUAUCAUUUGCGCCCUCACCUGGAUUUACCGAACAAUCUGACGACAUUGAGCCGGAAUUAUUAUUUACCGAAAAUGAAACCAAUACUCAAAAACUUUAUGAUCAACCCAAUGAACAUGAAUUUGUUAAAGAUGGUUUUCAUGAAUGUGUCGUCAAUGGCCAGGAAAAUGUCGUCAACCCCCAAUUAACAGGUACAAAAGCUUGUGCAUGGUUUAAGUUUGAUGAAGUACCUCCAGGAGAUUAUGUUACUUUAAGGUACAAAUUUAGUAAACAUUUAGAAGAAAUUGAUGAAUAUGAGUUUGAUAACACUUUCUCAAAAAGACAAGAUGAAGCAGAUGCAUUUUACUGGAAGAUUAGUCCAUUACCAAUGCCUGAUCAAUUACGUCUUGUUCAAAGACAAGCAUUUGCUGGAUUAUUAUGGACAAAACAAUUUUAUCAUUUUAUUCAUGAUUAUUGGUCAAAAGGUGAUAAUUCAACCAUGAAACCUCCACCUAAUCGUGCUAAUGGUAGAAAUAAAGAUUGGAAACAUUUAUAUAUUAAUGAUAUUUUAUCAUUACCUGAUAAAUGGGAAUAUCCUUUCUUUGCUGCUUGGGAUACUGCCUUCCAUUGUAUACCAUUUUCCAUGAUUGAUCCGGAAUUCGCUAAGAAACAAUUGGAUUUAUUAACCAGAGAAUGGUAUAUGCAUCCUAAUGGUCAAAUUCCUGCUUAUGAAUGGAAUUUUAGUGAUGUCAAUCCUCCAGUUCAUGCUUGGGCUGCUUUUAGAAUCUUUAAAAUCGAAAAAAAAAUGUAUGGAAGAGAAGAUUUGGAUUUCUUAGAAACUUUAUUCCAAAAAUUGCUUAUAAACUUUACUUGGUGGGUUAAUAGAAAAGAUUCUGAUGGUAAAAAUGUGUUUGAAGGAGGAUUUUUAGGGUUAGAUAAUAUUGGGAUCUUUAAUAGAUCCGAACCUUUACCAACAGGUGGAGAAUUAGAACAAGCUGAUUCAACUGGUUGGAUGGCUUUCUUCUCUUUACAAAUGUUAAAUAUUGCAUUGGAAUUAGCUAAAACUAAACCAAUCUAUGAAAACAUUGCAUCGAAGUUCUUUGAGCAUUUCAUCCUUAUUGCUGAUGCCAUGACUUAUAAGAGUGAUGGAAGAGAAGUCAGUUUAUGGCAUGAAGAAGAUAAAUUUUAUUAUGAUGCUAUCACUUAUGGUGGAAACAAUGCUCAAUUAUUACCUGUUAGAUCUUUGGUGGGUUUAAUUCCAUUAUAUGCUUCAUUAACUUUAGAACCGGAAUUAUUAGACAAGUUCCCUUCUUUCAAGAAAAGAUUGAAUUGGUUUAUUAACCAUAAAAAAUCCAUGGCUGAAAGAAAUAUCGCCUCUAUGGAAACCAGAGGGGUUGGUGAGAGAUUAUUAUUGGCUCUUGUUGAUAAAGAUAGAUUAAUCAGUAUCUUGGAAAGAAUGUUAGAUGAGGAUGAAUUCUUAUCCAACUUCGGUAUCAGAUCAUUAUCCAAAUAUCACGAGAAGAAUCCUUUUGAAAUGAAUGUUAACGGUGAACAGUUCAAAGUGGAAUAUUUACCAGGAGAAAGUGAUAGUGGGAUGUUUGGUGGGAAUUCUAAUUGGAGAGGUCCUAUUUGGUUCCCUACCAAUUUCUUAUUAGUUGAAGCUUUACAAAGAUUCUACCUUUAUUAUGGACCAGACCUUAAAGUUGAAUGUCCUAAAGGUUCAGGACAAAUGUUGAAUUUAGCUCAAUGUGCUCAAGAAAUUCAGUAUAGAUUGAUUAAUUUAUUCAUGCCUGAUGAAGAAGAGAAGAGACCUUGUAACGGAGAUAAUGAAUUAUUAGAUAAGGAUCCGUUAUUCAAAGAUUUUGUCCCAUUCUACGAGUAUUUCGAUGGUGAUACUGGUAGAGGUUUAGGAGCAUCUCAUCAAUGUGGUUGGACUUCAUUAGUUGCUAAAUGGAUUCAUGAUAAUGGUAUUGGUUAUAAACCUCCUAGAACUCCUAAAUCCUGUGGUACUCCAAGAAGACAAAGUAUCUAUAGUGAAAUGAAUGUUGGUGAAGAAGAUAAUGAGAAACCACCAGAUUUAUCUGAUCUUGGUCCUGAUACUGUGGAUCAAUAUUUCCCUAAAGCUGGUCCUUUCCCUGGAAGAUUAAUGAGAAGAAGAUCAGGAAAGUCUUUGUUGAACUUAACUAUGCAUUCAUUAGAUUUAGAUGAAGAAGAAGAACAAUCAAAAGCUAAAUUGAUUAGAAACAAAUCUAUCUUGAAUUAUAAUGAGAUGAUAGCUAAAGAGAAUGAAGAAUUGAAGUUGACCCCAACUAAGAGUUCAGCAUCCAAUAAUUCCGCCUUCAAUGAUGAUUUCUUGAAGAACAUUAAAUCAGCAUAUCAAAAAUAUGAUCCAAAUAAUGGUGAUGAAUUUGAAGCUAGACAUUAA